UUGCUAUUCGACCAAAAUAUAACUUACAUCAUUUAUAUAUUUUUGAAAUUAAAUUCCUUUUUUCUUUUUUCAAUUUAUUCCCCAAAAAAGGAAAAAGGAUUUGGUGUCCCCUCUCCUCUUUCUGGGUUUCGCUGGUCAUUGUGAGGAUCGUAAUUGGUUGGGUUUUAAAAAUCGUAGACAGGGAUGGAUUUGGAUCAGUGGAUAGCAAAGGUGAAGGACGGGCAGCACCUUUUGGAGGACGAGCUUCAGCUUCUCUGCGAAUAUGUCAAAGAGAUCCUCAUUGAGGAGUCCAAUGUCCAGCCCGUCAACAGUCCCGUUACUGUUUGUGGUGAUAUUCAUGGCCAGUUUCAUGAUCUAAUUAAACUUUUCAAUACUGGAGGUCACGUUCCUGAGACUAAUUACAUUUUUAUGGGAGAUUUUGUUGAUCGAGGUUACAAUAGUCUUGAAGUUUUUACUAUUCUUCUGCUCCUUAAAGCAAGAUAUCCAGCUAAUAUCACGCUUUUACGUGGAAAUCAUGAAAGCAGGCAACUAACUCAGGUAUAUGGUUUCUAUGAUGAGUGCCAGAGGAAGUAUGGAAAUGCCAAUGCAUGGCGGUACUGUACUGAUGUUUUUGAUUAUCUAACACUCUCAGCAAUCAUAGAUGGCACUGUGCUUUGUGUCCAUGGUGGCCUUUCUCCUGACAUUCGAACAAUUGAUCAGAUAAGAGUAAUAGAACGCAAUUGCGAAAUCCCGCAUGAAGGGCCAUUCUGCGAUCUAAUGUGGAGUGAUCCUGAAGAUAUUGAAACAUGGGCAGUUAGCCCACGAGGAGCAGGUUGGCUAUUUGGAUCCAGGGUGACUUCUGAGUUCAAUCACGUUAACAAUCUUGAUCUGGUUUGUCGAGCACACCAACUUGUACAAGAAGGUCUUAAGUACAUGUUUCAAGAUAAAGGCUUAGUAACUGUCUGGUCUGCACCAAAUUACUGUUACCGCUGUGGCAAUGUAGCUUCUAUAUUGAGUUUCAAUGAGAACAUGGAGAGAGAAGUCAAAUUUUUCACAGAAACGGAGGAGAACAACCAGAUGAGAGGGCCAAGGACAGGAGUUCCUUACUUCUUAUGAUGAGGGAGUGCAUUUUUACCUGUAAAAUUGCUGAAGAAUUGUGACUGCCUAUUGCUGAUCGAAAAAGGAGUUGUAAUGGGAAAGCCGGAAGAAAUACGGGGGGGUUGUAUACAGGUGGACCUUGCAUUUGCUUGGGUGGACAUUUUUCCAUCCACUUAAGGCUGCUCUGGGAGUUGUGGCUUGUGUAUUAGAGUUCCUAAUUGUUACAUUUUUUUUUUCUUCUUUCUAUUAGAUGUCUUCUUUUUGUUUUUAUUUUUGGAAAAGAAAUUCUAUUUUAAGAGCUUUUUUUUUUUUUGUUUUUUUGGUUAUCAUAGCCCAUGCCUCUGAAUUCAGUGUGUACUAGUCUUUAUAUGUUACUUCAUUAAUUAUGAGCAAUAGUAGACUUUCAAUCAAA